GCCACCGCCGUCGUAGCCCCAACUUCGACGGUCGCCGUGGCCCCGGUUGCAUCUGCCUUGGAGAAGAAGACAAAGAGCAAGGGGCCCUACAUUUGCGCCCUGUGCGCCAAGGAGUUCAAGAACGGCUACAAUCUCCGGAGGCACGAGGCCAUCCACACAGGAGCCAAAGCCGGCCGGGUCCCCUCGGGUGCUAUGAAGAUGCCCACAAUGGUGCCCCUGAGCCUCCUGAGCGUGCCCCAGCUGAGUGGAGCCGGCGGGGGAGGGGGAGAAGCGGGUGCCGGCGGCGGAGCGGCCGCAGUGGCCGCCGGUGGCGUGGUGACCACGACCGCCUCGGGAAAGCGCAUCCGGAAGAACCACGCCUGCGAGAUGUGCGGCAAGGCCUUCCGCGACGUCUACCACCUGAACCGACAUAAGCUGUCGCAUUCGGACGAGAAGCCCUACCAGUGCCCGGUGUGCCAGCAGCGCUUCAAGCGCAAGGACCGCAUGAGCUACCACGUGCGCUCACAUGACGGCGCUGUGCACAAGCCCUACAACUGCUCCCACUGUGGCAAGAGCUUCUCCCGGCCGGGUCACCUCAACAGUCACGUCAGACAAGUGCACUCAACAGAACGGCCCUUCAAAUGUGAGAAAUGUGAGAAAUGUGAGGCAGCUUUUGGUACGAAGGAUCGACUGCGGGCCCACACAGUACGACACGAGGAGAAGGUGCCAUGUCAUGUGUGUGGCAAGAUGUUGAGCUCGGCUUAUAUUUCGGACCACAUGAAGGUGCACAGCCAGGGCCCUCACCAUGUCUGUGAGCUCUGCAACAAAGGUACAGGUGAAGUGUGUCCAAUGGCAGCAGCGGCGGCAGCAGCAGCAGCGGCGGCGGCGGCAGCAGUGGCAGCCCCUCCCACAGCUGUGGGCUCCCUCUCGGCGGCCGAUGGGGUGCCCGUGAGCUCUCAGCCACUUCCCUCCCAGCCCUGGUGAGCUCCAAGUUGGUGGGGAGGAGAGGGGAGAAUGGAGGAAAGUUCCUUGACACCAUCUCUUCUUCCCCUCUCUCCUCACCAACUCCUCACUACUUCCCACACCAACCAAGGGGCCUCCAGAAGGGAAGGAGGAAGAAAUGUUUUCUUAGGGGAAUUCACUAGGUUUUAACGAUUUGUUUCUCCUGCUCCUCUCUUCUCCCUAUCAGACCUGACCCCCCACACACCUGUCCCCUCGGUUGUGUUGAAGCCCCCUGGACAGUGAGUGGGCAGGGGUGGCAGAGGACAGGAGCAGCCACUGCCCUCACUCCCUCUCCUCUCUGUAACCCCCUGCCCGGCCCUUCCAGGGA